AUGGAGGUGCUUUUAAAUGGAAGAGGAUUAAUCAUAUCCUUAAUUUUCCUUCUGUUGAAAUUCUCAACAGCGAUUGAAAUACCACUCUCAGUUCAACAGGUUCCAACAAUCACGAAACAGUCAAAAGUGCAAGUUGCCUUUCCCUUUGAUGAGUAUUUUCAAAUUGAAUGUGAAGCUAAAGGAAAUCCAGAGCCAAUAUUUAUGUGGACUAAGGAUGACAAGCAUUUUAAUCUCUCUGACCCUCGGAUAAUCGUAUCUAACAAUUCAGGAACAUUCAAGAUCCCAAAUGAGGGGCACAUAUCCCACUUUCAAGGGAAAUACCGCUGUUUUGCUUCUAAUAAACUGGGAGUUGCUAUGUCAGAAGAAAUAGAAUUUGUAGUUCCAAGUGUUCCAAAAUUCCCAAAAGAAAAAAUUGACCCUCUUGAAGUGGAGGAGGGAGAUCCGAUUGUCCUGCCAUGCAAUCCUCCCAAAGGCCUCCCACCUCUACACAUUUAUUGGAUGAAUAUUGAAUUAGAACACAUUGAACAAGAUGAAAGAGUAUACAUGAGCCAAAAGGGAGAUCUAUACUUUGCAAAUGUGGAAGAAAAAGACAGUCGGAAUGAUUACUGUUGCUUUGCUGCAUUUCCAAGAUUAAGGACUAUUGUACAGAAAAUGCCAAUGAAGCUAACAGUUAACAGUUUAAAGCAUGCUAUUGACUCAAGUUCAUCCACAGAAAUUGGUUCCCAGGCAAAUUCAAUCAAGCAAAGAAAACCCAGACUGCUGUUGCCUCCUACGGAGAGUGGCAGUGAGUCUUCAGUUACCGUCCUCAAAGGGGACACCUUGUUGCUCGAGUGUUUUGCUGAAGGCCUACCAACUCCACAAGUUGAUUGGAAGAAAAUGGGUAGUGACUUACCAAAGGGAAGAGAAACAAAAGAAAACUAUGGCAAAACUUUGAAGAUAGAGAAUGUCUCCUACCGGGACAAAGGAAAUUAUCGCUGCACAGCCAGCAAUUUCUUGGGAACAGCCACUCAUGAUUUUCAUGUUAUAGUAGAAGAGCCCCCUCGCUGGACGAAGAAACCUCAGAGUGGCGUGUAUAGCACCGGCAGCAGUGGAAUCCUGUUAUGUGAAGCAGAAGGAGAGCCUCAACCCACAAUCAAGUGGAGAGUCAAUGGCUCCCCUAUUGACAAUCAUCCAUUUGCUGGUGAUGUUGUCUUCCCCAGGGAAAUCAGUUUUACCAACCUACAACCGAAUCAUACUGCUGUGUACCAGUGCGAAGCCUCAAAUGUCCACGGAACGAUCCUUGCCAGUGCCAAUAUUGAUGUUGUAGAUGUUCGUCCAUUGAUACAAACUAAAGAUGAAGAAAAUUAUGCUACCGUGGUUGGGUACAGUGCUUUCUUAGAUUGCAAGUUCUUUGCUUCACCCGAGGCAAUAGUGUCCUGGCAGAAGGUGGAAGAAGCAAAACCCCUUGAAGGCAAGCGGUACCAUAUCCACGAAAACGGCACAUUACAGAUCAACAGAACCACCGAAGAAGAUGCUGGGUCAUACUCUUGUUGGGUAGAAAAUGCUAUAGGAAAAACUGCAGUCACAGCCAAUUUGGAUAUUAGAAAUGCUACAAAACUUCGAGUUUCUCCAAAGAAUCCUCGCGUCCCCAAAUCACACAUGCUUGAAUUACAUUGUGAGAGCGAAUGCGACUCACAUCUGAAACACAGUUUGAAGUUGUCCUGGAGUAAAGAUGGAGAAGCCUUUGAAAUGAAUGCAACAGAAGAUGGCAGGAUAAUUAUUGACGGCACUAAUCUGACCAUAUCAAAUGUCACUUUAGAGGACCGUGGGGUUUACUCCUGUACAGCUCUAACUGCUCUAGAUAGCGCUGCUGAUAUAACUCAAGUAACUGUCCUUGAUGUUCCGGAUCCACCAGAAGGCCUUCACUUGUCUGAAAGACAGAACAGGAGUGUUCGGCUAACCUGGGAAGCUGGAGAUGACCACAAUAGCAAUAUUAGCGAGUAUAUCAUUGAAUUUGAAGGAAAUAAAGAGGAACCUGGAAGGUGGGAGGAACUGACUAGAGUCCAAGGAAAGGAAACAACCCUUGUGUUACAUUUGGCUCCAUAUGUGAGAUACCAGUUCAGGGUCAUAGCCGUGAAUGAGGUGGGGAGAAGUCAACCCAGCCAGCCAUCUGACCACCAUGAAACACCACCAGCAGCUCCAGACAAGAAUCCACGACACAUAAGGGUUCAAGCCUCUCAGCCUAAGGAGAUGAUUAUAAAAUGGGAGCCUUUGAAAUCCAUGGAGCAGAAUGGGCCAGGACUGGAGUACAGAGUCUCCUGGAAGCCACAGGGAGCCCCAAUGGAGUGGGAAGAAGAAACAGUCACAAACCACACAUUGCGGGUGAUGACACCUACUGUCUAUGCUCCUUAUGAUGUCCAAGUCCAAGCUGUCAAUCAACUCGGCUCUGGGCCUGAACCUCAGUCAGUGACUCUCUAUUCUGGAGAAGACUAUCCUGACACAGCUCCCGUGAUCCAUGGGGUGGACAUUAUAAACAGUACAUUAGUUAAAGUUUCCUGGUCAACAAUUCCAAAGGACAGAGUACAUGGACAUCUGAAAGGAUAUCAGAUAAAUUGGUGGAAAACAAAAAGUCUGUUGGAUGGAAGAACACAUCCCAAAGAAGUAAACACUCUAAGAUUUUCAGGACAAAGAAACCAUGGAAUGGUUCCUUCCCUAGAUGCCUUUAGUGAAUUUCACUUAACAGUCUUAGCCUAUAAUUCCAAAGGAGCUGGUCCAGAAAGUGAGCCUUAUACAUUUCAAACACCAGAAGGAGUACCUGAACAGCCAACUUUUCUCAAGGUCAUCAAAGUUGAUAAAGACACUGCCACUUUAUCCUGGGGACUACCUACAAAAUUAAAUGGAAACUUAACUGGCUAUUUAUUACAAUACCAGAUAAUAAAUGACACCUAUGAAAUUGGAGAAUUAAAUGAUAUCAACAUUACAACUCCAUCAAAGCCCAGCUGGCGUCUCUCAAACCUCAGUGCAACUACUAAAUACAAAUUCUACUUGAGGGCUUGUACUUCAAAGGGCUGUGGAAAACCAGUCACUGAGGAGAGCUCCACAUUAGGGGAAGGGAGUAAAGAUAUCGGGAAGCUAUCAGAAGAAGUAAAUCUUACUCAAAAGAUUCACCCAAUAGAGGUAUUUGAGCAUGGAGCUGAACAUAUCGUUCGCCUAAUGACUAAGAAUUGGGGUGAUAACGAUAGCAUUUUUCAAGAUGUAAUUGAGACAAGAGGGAGAGAAUAUGCUGGUUUAUAUGACGACAUCUCCACUCAAGGCUGGUUCAUUGGACUGAUGUGUGCAGUUGCUCUUCUCACACUCAUGUUGUUGACUGUUUGCUUUGUGAAGAGGAACAGAGGUGGAAAGUAUUCAGUGAAAGAAAAGGAAGAUUUGCAUCCAGAUCCAGAAGUUCAGUCUGUAAAAGAUGAAACCUUUGGUGAAUACAGUGACAGUGAUGAAAAACCUCUCAAAGGAAGCCUUCGGUCUCUUAAUAGGAACAUGCAGGCCACAGAAAGUGCUGACAGCUUAGUCGAAUACGGAGAGGGAGACCACGGUCUCUUCAAUGAAGAUGGAUCGUUUAUUGGAGCUUAUACUGGAUCUAAGGAGAAAGGAUCUGUUGAAAGCAAUGGAAGUUCUACAGCAACAUUUCCACUCCGGGCAUAA